CCUCCCCAAGCAAAGGUUUUCUAUUCUCAAUUAGUCUCAACCCAACCAAAAGUUAUUGUUAUUUUUUAGAAUGUUAAGACAUAUAUAAUACAUAGUAUAUAAUUAAUUAGAUAGAAAAACAAAUAAGUUAUCACAUAGAUCAAUAGAGGAAAGAAAUAGAAAAGAGCAAAAAUGUCAUUCACCGGGACAUUGGAUAAAUGCAAGGCUUGUGACAAAACUGUUUACUUCGUCGAUUUGUUGUCCGCUGAUGGAUGCAUCUAUCAUAAAUCUUGUUUCAAAUGCAGCCAUUGCAAAGGCACUCUUGUGAUGAGCAAUUACUCUUCCAUGGAUGGGGUUCUUUACUGUAAGACCCAUUUUGAGCAACUCUUCAAAGAAUCUGGGAAUUUUAGCAAGAAUUUUCACACUUCGAAGCCUCCAGAGAGGGAGAAUUCAAUGACAAAGAGCUCAAGCAAAUACUCUGCCAUGUUCUCUGGAACCCAAGACAAAUGUGCUUCUUGCACCAAAACAGUCUAUCCUCUUGAGAAGGUUACGAUGGAGGGAGAAUCAUAUCACAAGUCAUGUUUCAAGUGCGCACAUGGAGGUUGUCCCUUGACACAUGCAACGUAUGCCGCACUAGAUGGAGUGCUCUACUGCAAGCACCACUUUGCUCAACUCUUCAUGGAGAAGGGAAGCUACCAGCACGUCCUUACUGCCACCCACAAAAGGAAUGCUUCCGCGGCGUCUGAUGGAGCUGAAGAGGGGGAGGAGCAUUCUGCCGCCGCCGUCGAUGAAGCCAAUCAUGACAAACAAGCCGAUGAAGAACAAAAUUAGUCCUAAGUAUAAUUAAAGUUCCAAGCCUUGCCUAACACACAUUAAUUUUUCUAUAUUCUUUUUGAGAAUAUUAUUCAUUAUUUCUUGUGGUUUUUCAUUGUGUUGAGAUUGUCUUAAUCAAUUAUUAUUGUUGUGUCAUUUUCUCAAUGAUUAGCUUGUCGUUUAUUUUUUUAUUUUUGUGCCUUUUGUAAACCCUAUUGUUCCAAAUGAUAAAUUGUACUAUACAC